AAUGGAUUGCAAAAUUUCUAACGAAAAACAAGAUAUGGAUUUAGAUAAGGAAUCUAUAUUCGGGCAACGCUUUCUCAAUGACGAAACUCGUGUCUUCGAAUAUAAUGCAUGGGAUGAUGUUGAUUGGCCUGUUGAAAAAGAGAUAGAAAUAAAGAAUACGAUUGAACUGCAACAAUCACACCCUGUUGAUGAUAAAAUCGUAGCUGAUCUUCUUGAUACACCAAAUGAGCAAUGGGAGUCAUUUUAUCUUUCACAUGGGAAUAAAUUCUUCAUGAACAGAAAAUGGGUAAUCCGCGAGUUCUCUGAGUUGUUUAGCGAGAAGUCUGCUACAAGUGGGCCAAUUCGCAUUUUGGAUGUUGGUUGUGGAGUCGGAAACACUACAAUUCCAAUUAUUCAGGCAACAAAUGAUUCAAAUUUGUUCAUAUAUUGCUGUGAUUACUCUAAAAAAGCAGUUGAAUUACUACGUUCCGAUAACCGUGUUCCUGCUAAUCGAUGUCAUCCGUUUAUCCCUGAAGGAUCACUUGACUAUAUUCUGUGCGUUUUUGUUCUUUCUGCAAUAGCACCAAGUCGUCUGAAACUAGCCAUUUCAAACUUAGUUCGUCUUUUGAAGCCGGGUGGAAUUUUAAUGGUAAAGGACUAUGGUCGAUAUGAUUUAACACAAUUGCGUUUUAAACGUGACCGCUUUAUUGACGAAAAUUUUUAUCGUCGUGGUGACGGAACAUUUGUAUCAUAUUUCACUACUGAGGAGUUGCACGAAUUUUUUACUCAAGUUGGAUUAGAAAGGAUUCAAAAUAUAAUGGAAAAACGUCUGGUAGUUAAUCGAGCCAAGAAGAUUACAAUGAAAUUGCUCAAACUUUGCUGUGAAGUUGCCAAGUAUCGCCCUUUGCUUCUUAAAUUAUAUAAACAACGUUCUGUUUCAAAUUAUUUGUUGAAAACUUGGCCAACGAUUACAUGUGAUGAAGCAUUGUUUCUACUUUAUGAGUUUACUUUUGGACGUUUAGGAGUGAAGAGUGAUGGAAAUGAUCAUCAAGGAAAGAAUGAAUGCUAUUUUAGAACUCUUCUGUCAGAAGAGAUAACCAACCUUGAACAUAAAGGGUCUGUCGAUCAUUUAACUGUGCAAAGUGAAGCAUCAUUACUCCCGCGGUAUGCACGCGUGAAUCCUUUGAGAGAACAACUAGCUUAUGUUUUGGAUUUACUAAAAGAUCAAGGCUGGACAGUGCGUCGAUUGAAAAAGAUGAUUCCCCCAUUAAAGUACCGUAAACUUGUUGCUAAACUGGAGCCAUUAAAAUGCUACAUUGAUCCACAUAUUGACAAUCUUUUGAUUUUUUCUCGUGGGACAGAUCUGCACGACCAUAUUUUGGUGAAGAAAGGAGUUUUAAUCCUUCAAGAUAAAGCAAGUUGUUUCCCUGCUUUUUUGUUAUCUCCACAACCAGGUUCUUUUGUAAUGGAUGUUUGUGCAGCGCCCGGAAUGAAGACUACGCAUUUGGCAGCUUUAAUGAAAAAUAAUGGCAAAAUUUUUGCAUUUGAUCGAAAUGCUGAAAGACUUAAUUUAUUGCGAAAAAUGUCUAAAAAUGCAAAUGCACGUAUUAUUCAAGCACAAUGUAUUGAUUUUUUACAAGUUGAUGUUGAAUAUGCACUCGUUGAUCCACCAUGUUCAGGUUCAGGAAUGGUAAAACGUGGUGAAUUUUUUGAUGAAUUUGAACAACCAAAUACUGAGCGAAUUAAAUCCUUAGCCAAUCUACAGGCAAUGAUUUUGAAGCAUGCACUUCGUUUACCUUCGCUACGUCGACUAGUUUAUUCAACUUGUUCAAUUAAUUGGGCGGAAAAUGAAGGUGUUAUUUUUGAGGUUUUAGAGGAUGUUGAGAUAAGUGAUCAGUUUAUUUUGUUAAAUGCAUUUAAUCAAUGGAAGCACAGAGGAGAAUUAAAUAAGACUUUCAAUAAUAAAAUUUUUAGUAAAGAAGCGGCAGAAGAAAUAGUUUCUAAAUGUAUUAGAGCUUCUCCAAAAAUUGAUUUUACUAACGGAUUUUUUAUUGCUAUUUUUGAAAGAAGAAAUAAAUAUUUAUAA